UCCCCAACUACAACACAAUAGAUGACUACCGAGAGAGGCAACAGUUUGAACGAGUUCCUUCAAAACUUGCCAUUUAACAACAAUCCCGACAUAGUGCCAGACGAAGACAACCAUCGACCACUGAGCAUUAUGUCUACCCAACACCAACACCAACACCAGUCUGACGCGCACCGCGCAGAGGACUAUCUUGAGGAGGAAGAGCACCGAAGGAGCUUUCCUCAAUUGCGAUUGCCCCGAGGGAAGGAACUGUCCUUUUCUGGGGAAAAUGUGACUGCAUUUCUGGAUGAUUAUAAUCGGAUCUGCAACAAUGCUGGGUAUACUGACUUGGCGAAGCUGCGUACGCUUCCUGAGUGGUGUGACCGAGAGCCGGAGCUGCUGAUUAAGCAACUCCCCGCGUUUAAGAGUGGGUCAUGGAAGGACCUGCAGAAGGUAAUGAAGGAGCACUGGGAGGACCUGGACCCAGAGCAGCAAAUGGGGACUGAGGCGUUUCUGCGUGCGUUUGUGGAGGAAAGCUCUCAUGGCAAGUUGUCAUUUGAACUUUACUACACCCGGUUUUGCAUUUAUUCAAAUGCAUGCAUCGAUAAAGGGCAAAUCACCAUGAACUCCCGAGGGCGAUGGUUCAUGAAGGGCCUCAAGCCAGAGCACCGACACCAGGUGAUGUUCGAUAUGCCUGAGUCGGAACGAACCACUGACGACGGCACAUCGCCAUACGAUCUGAACAAGAUAUACGCCUUUCUUAAGAGACGAGUACGAGCGGAGAAGGAGCUCCGCUAUUUGGAAGAUGAAACCAGUUCUUCUCUCCGGCGCAAGGCUCAGUACAUGGCUGAGCAGGAGGCGAAGCCAUUGGCAAAAGCAACUCAGCCUACUGCAGCACGAGAACGACAUGAAACCGCCACCGGAUCCACUAACGAAACGGAUCCAGUUGACGACCUAAUAUCGAAGUUUAAAGGGAUGACCUUGAGUAUGGCGGACGCGGUGAUGGUUGCGAGCCAGGAACGAAUUCAGCGUGAAUGUUUCAAGCACUCGACUGACAUGGCACGAUUCAUUGUGGCUGUUACCGCCGCAAGGCCUAGGUCGGGCAACCCACCUAUGGCCACGUAUCAAGCCCGCGCUAUGGACCAGCCAAAAAGAGACGAGGGUUCUUGGGAACAAAAGUCUACCUUGGAAUGCUGGGGCUGCGGAGAGAAGGGACAUGGGGUGUCUGGUUGUGAUCACCUCCAGGACCUGCAAAACCGCGGCUGGGUUAGCAAGUUCAAGGAUCGAAGAGAUGGAGAGUGGAAAUGGAAGUUUGGGAGUGUGAACAGGAGCUUAGGGCUAGUAGGCUCGGACGGAAGACCACCUCAGCGAGGGAUCCUGACAUGGCUGCAACAGUGCUGCGCGAAUCGAUACCAGGUUACUACGGAAUCGCUCGCUCGACCUAUGCCGGAAGUCUGUCCCGAUAUAGCCAAGGCCGCAGAAGCAAACAUUAUCACAGAAGAAGCAUCUCAGAAGAACGGACCCUCUGCCAAUCAAAAGCGAGUAAUGUUUAACCGCGGAGUUGCAAUGAUAGAUAACGACAAUGAAGUGUUCCUACUAGAUGAGAUUGAUAAGAGACAUAUUAUUCUCAACCCAGACAUCACCGAGAGCAACGCGGCUACCCGAUCUCAGAACCAGGGGGACUCAACUGAGGAGUCGCUCGAUCGGGUGCGCGACGCCCGAGUAAAGAAGACUAGGGUUCCUGCCCGAGACCGAACGUACGAGCGGGUACAGGAGCAGAUCCGCAACAGCCGACUGCCUGGGGACCUUGUCAUGGACGACCAGGAUGAAUUGGAUGAACUGUCGAUCCCAUAUGAAGCGCAGCCUCACAAUAACCCAUAUGCGGUGGUCAAGCCCCCUCGAGCGACUAGACCUAGGAAAGAACCCGAGGAGGAGGAAGAGGGAGAUCCUGCCCUAUCUCGGAUCCUAGGGCAAGAAAUUAAGGGGCUCCGUUUACGAGACUUGCUGGAUCAUCCUACUAUCCUGAGCCCCUUGCUGAAAGAGUUAAAACAGCGGGAGGAAAAGAAAACCCCCGAGUCCUCACCUACUCCAACAGUAGAAACGUCGCAUGUCGAGACGCCGCGACAUCAGAAUUGUGUUCGGAAUGAGUUGGGACCGGACCCUGACGAAACGACGCUAGCGCCGCGCGCUAGCCGAAUCCAGGACCAAUCAAAAACAGUUGGGCACAACCAACUAAAUCUGAUUGGUCGAGACCACCCCACUAGUGGGGCCGACUACCAAGAGCAAUAUGGUAGAUGGGAUGGAUACGAGGUGAACAAUGUGGAAGUUCAGGUGAAUGCGGGGAUGCGCCAUCAUGUGGGCGGAGAAGAGGAUACCUAUCAAGAACCUCUGGACCACAUCCCCGGAAAAGCAGUGAACCAACGACAUCGAACAGAUGGAGUAGUGCGGGUCGCUGGAGAAUUACCGAUCGCAUGGGCCAAUAUUGGAAGACAUUCCGCCGAAUGCCUUAUUGAUACAGGUUCACAAAUCAAUCUGAUAAGACUGAGCGCUGCACGAGCGCUGCGAAUCGCCAUUGAAGAAGACAUGGACGGAACUAUCGGGCAGAUGCGGGGAGCGACGGGGGCAAUGGAAGCCUUCAUCGGCACCGCAUGGCAUGUCCCGGUCCGAAUAGGGGCGGUCACUGUGCCAACGACGUUCCGAGUUGUAACACAUUGUUCCCGAUCAGUUAUACUGGGGGCGCCCUGGUGCGCGUCGGUCCGAUUAGCUCUGCAAUAUACUGCACUCGGAAGAGUGACGUGCCGAAUCCUGGCCCUGACUGGAAAACAAAAUGCCAUGUUUCUGGCAGCCGACCCUCCCACUUGGAACAAGAGGGACUACGAAGACUCCCCGCCCAACCAGGGAACGGAGGAGUACGAUGAAUAACAACGAUAAGACUCCUGCUGAGCGCACCGGCUCCGCGUAUAGC